AUGACUCAAGUACAGGAAGAACAAAUAGAAAUGAAUCAAUCGUAUGAUGAUAGUGAUUUAAAAAACGAAGAAAUUGUACCAAAUUGGAAUGAUAACUCUAUACCAGUAGUGGAUAAGGGAUUGAGCGAACAACAUUCGGAAAUAUCUUACGAGCAACAGCAGCAUGGGAUCUUGGGAACUACUGUAUCAUCAGUAUUAUCUUCACUACCAACCGGAAAUAUGACAAUAAUAUCAGAUAAUGUUGAUGAUGAAAGUGAUGAAUUUUAUGAUGCAAGCUCUGAUUUUAAUGAUGUACCGCUUGCAUCUACUACUGGCAGCACACUCUUCGAUACUGCUAAUAUCAUAUCAUCUACGAUCGCAUCACAAAACGAUUCACGCGAUAAAGUAAUUUUGAAUGGAUCAUUACUUGAGGCAGUAAGUGAAUGCAUCGAACCAUCUGCAGAUUCCAUCGCAAAGAGCGUUAGUUUACCAGGCUCAAAUGGUUCACGUUAUGAAGCACGACAAAUUCGACAAAUUAAUACCGCGCGUGUUCGGCCGAUGAUUCCACAAAAUGUGCUUUACAACAUCUUUUUUUUUCAAAUUUCACAACGAUCAUCAUUACUGGAUAAAUCAAAAUCACCAUAUGGAUUAGCGAAAUCUCACUCACCGUCUACACAACCGGAUCUGAAAGAUAUUAAAAGUAUUGUCGAACGACAGGAAGCAGAAUUGCGGCAAGAACUAAACAGACUGAAAUCUAGUGUUCAAGGUGAGAUUGCAAGCAAAACUCUUCCUUCAGGCACUCGUAAAUCUGAGGUGCAUUCUGCAAGGUCAGGAAUGACACCAUUAACAUCAUCAAGAUCUAUUGAAUUUAAUCCAAAUGGUGCAAAACUAUCAAUCGUUGCUGGUCCUUCUCCUAUUUUUCAUGCUUCUCGAUUACCGACCCCAGUUCGGAAGAGUCUUGGACGCAGUUUGAUCCCAACACCACGUGCUUCUGUGCUUUCGAGAUCAGCUAUUCGUGCCCUAGCCGGUGGUAGUACGCCAUCAUUAGUAUUGUCCUCGCAACAUAUAUACGAUGAUACACGUUCCGAAUGUGGUGGCAUAUCACAUAAUGAACAACAAUGGGCUGACGAAUGCUUCUGA